AUGUGUCUCACCAAGUACUACUACAACACCUACGCCGAUGGGGCGCAGGACUUGACGGAGAAGACGUAUGCUUGCAAAGACGGCAGGAUGUGUCGCGACCCAGAUUUCAAGCAUUACAAACGGACAUUCCCCUUCAAGAAGCUGGGGGGCGUUGAGCCCGAGUCCCUCAAGAGCCUGUCAGAGCGCAAGCCCACUCCGUACUUUUCGUCCCAUUUGGACGCGGAACCUUAUCGGCCGCGCCGGUCCAAGUCGCCGUCGCCUUCCUAUAGGCGAGACCGAGACGGCGUGUACAUCAAUGGCGCUCGGAUAGAAGACUACUCCAGACCUAGCAGGCGCCACGACCCGCGUGAUCAUGAAGACCGGCACCGUCGCCCGUACAAGCACGAUCCUCGGGAUCGCCUUGAAGUUCCCGAUACCCUUGAUCGCCCCACACGCCUAGACCGCCUUUCGCGUCUUGAUCGCCCAGACCGGCCCGAUCGCCCAGAUCGCGAGCCUCCAUCCAGACUCAGGCGGACCCAGACCAUGCCUGGAUACGUUGUGAUUGACCAAAAGACGCCGCCCCGGCCGAGCAGCCACAUACCCCUUGGCCCUGUUCCUCUCGCUGACGAGUACGGCCGUCGGCGCUCGUCUCGAGACCGCGAGCGCGAGCGCGACCGCGACCGCGAGACAAGCCCGCGCGACAGGUACUACGGCCGGCGACACUCUGCCGAUCCUCGCGACUACGUGAUCAUCGACGACGACCAAGAGCGCCGCCGAGAACGUCGGGAGCGCCGCCGGAUGUCGACGUCAGCAUACAACGAGGCGUCAACAUCGGCCGGCGCCGAUGCCACAUACGGGACCGACCCUCACAGGUUCUUGCCAAGGCGGGCAGCAACUGUGGUGCACCGCAGCGACGGGUCUAUCUCGAACAACUCUGCCGGCUCCCCACCGAGGCCCAAGCAUCUGCGCUGGGACGACGAGGUGAGGGUCAAGCGCGAGCGGCAGAACGCUGAGAUUGCCAACCGGCCCAGCCCGCCCGAGAUACACCAAGAAGGCCGGGUCAAGGGCAUCCUCAAGACGCCGACCGACGCCAAAGGCAAAGGCUACGAGGACGACGACAUCUACAAGCUUCGCCGCGCGGUGGAGCGUAUGGACAUCCCCCGCAGUCGCGAUCGCACUGCCCGCGACCGCGACCGCGACCGGGCAGACGAUUGGGAUCGCCCGCCGCGCGCUCGCUACUCGGAAGAGGAUCCCGACAGCAACCGCCGCAGGCGAAGCAGGACAUACGGGAGUGACCGGUUCGGCGGAGACCGGUACUACUACUGA